AUGUCUUUUAUUUUAAAACGAUCGGUUCUACAGCCAGCACUUUUUAGAGCUGCAAAUCCCCUUUCUCGUGCUCUGAUAUCCACCAGUGCUAUUUCUCUUGAAAAGAAGCUCUUUAUUGGAAAUCUUGCAUGGUCUGUAGAUGAACAGACUCUUGCUAACGCAUUUGCAGUGCACGGCGAAUUGAUUGAAUGCAACAUUGCUCGUGAUAGAGAAAGUGGUCGUGCUCGUGGGUUUGCUUUUGUCACUUUCCAAGAUGAUGAUGCUGCUCUCAAGGCCAUUGAGGCUCUCAACGGCGCUGAAAUUGCAGAUCGUGCAAUCCGAGUCAGCGAAGCUAUUUCCCGGGAUCGUUCUGCUGACAACCGCGGCAAUGGUGGUCGUGGCGGCUAUGGUGGUAACCGUGGCGGUAAUCGUGGAGGAUUUGGUGGCAAUCGAGGGGAUGAAGAAGGUCGUCGUGGUGGAAAUGACAAUGGAUUUUAAAUACAAUUCUUUGAUGCUAU